AUGAGUACUGGUCCUCAUCCUGCCAAUGUCAAGGACAACCAACAAGCAACAAUGUCCAGUAAAGAAAAGAAAUCAUCAAGCCAAUCUAAAAACCAGACACCAGUUCUUAUGCCCACAGACUCUUUUCCUCAAAAGCCGUGUGCUCGAAAUACACCAAUGCUCUCCAUUCAACCACACCAUACUGAAAUCUCCACAGACCGGCCAUUAGUUUCGGGCCGACUUCUUUUACAUAUCCCAAAGCUCGCCACCAAACGAUUCCAUUUUGUUUCAUUGGCUCUCCAUUUACGACUCAAGGAGUCUAUCGCAUGGACGCGACAGGAUCUGAUUACGUUUGAAAUAGAGAAACAAAAUUGGUCCCAGACAGUCUGGGAUAAAAAGCUCAUGCUGCCCUUUCAGGAUCGGAUAGUGGAUGAAAGUGAUGAGCCACAUGUGGCUGUAGUCAUGGAGCCAUCGAAAAGCAAAAGCCGGAUUGCUAUCGAAGCUGAAGAGUGGCGAUGGGAAUGGUUGAUGCCUGUUACAGACAAUGAGGUUCGCCCUGAAAGUUUCGAAGGUUCAAUGGGCAAUGUUUGGUAUGAAUUAGAGGCAAAGUGUCUCUUCCGCUGGGACGACAUAGAUAAUGAGGGCAAUUUGGAGACUGGUGAGCCUCUUCAAAUGGUGGAAACAGUGUAUGGCACAAUGGUAGGCCAAGGAUCAAAUCGAAGUACGGGGACAGCCAUCCUUGAAGGCUCGACGAGAAAAGCGAAAUCUUUAGCACAGGCCUUCGGAAAAUUGCGCAUGGGAUCCAAAAGCAAGAAAGUUCAACAACCUGGUGAUUUUAAAGUCGGAAAUCAACACGACGAGUUUAUCAAACGUAGUCUUCAGCAAAGAAACGACAUCAUGCAACAGUUAAACGCCUCAAAUGAUGUACUAGCAGAAAACAAGGGGGACCUUUUAGUUGCGUCUUCUUGGAACCAGAGCACGCCUCAUCUAGGCAUGCAAUUACAAGACUCUGUAGAGACCAGCGAACCCACUCCUUUUCUGGUACGCAAGCUUAUCAAGCUCUAUUUUAUUAAACCUCCUCCCAGCAUAUCACUCGGCAGCCCAUUCUUCCUGCCGCCGCCUUCUAUGGCACUGCCAACCCUUCCAGGCACGCGUCGUUUAAAGGCCAUUGUACCAGGAGCGCGUAUUCAGGUUCAAGUACAGAUCCCUUCAUUGAUCCCUACCCCAGGAUAUGCUCGCACAUCGCAGCUUGUUCCAGAUCACAAAAAGGGGGUCCUUGUGCCUAGCAAGAACAAUGUUCAGCAAACUCAACAAUCUCAAAAUCAUCAUUUUUAUCAUAACCUUCAUUUUCAUCACCACCAUCAUAGUGACAACCAACAGAUUGAUCAGAAGAGCCUAGAUAGCUUUCAAGUCGCACUCACAGUUCGAAGAGUGACCAUGGCCGAAAUCAAUAAGGAUGACCUUUUGAAGAAGAGGUUUCUCAGCUCCACAGGACCAAGUUUUAUUUCACCCUUUGCUUCAACUGGCCAAAGUCAAUCCACCAACGCAGAGACCGCAUUGGGUAAAAAAAAUCUGCAUGGCUCUAGUUUGUCAAGCUCUAGUCUAACGGAUCAGUCUAACACAGGAACUGAACGGACUGAAAACUGGGAUCGCCUUAAAGAUGAGCAAACUUGGAGGAAAGAGAUCCGGGUUCGCAAAGUCAGAUGUGAGUUUUGGCAGAAAGAGAGCUAUCGUAUCCCUGCUCAGAAAAGUGGUGAACCGGAAGCGUCAAGGAUAGUCAAAUAUCCCCUAGGACCAAUGUAUACAUACUCUGAAAAAGAGCAGGAAGAGGGAAAAGCACGCACAUCGCUGUACCUGUCUUCUCAACCAGCUCAACUUCAACAAGACGCUUUAAAACAGGGGUCUUCUGCUUCAUUCGACCCCGGUGUUGUGGGUGGGGGCACCAGUGAUGAGAAGGAGCGCCAGGUGCCGAGCUCUCCCACCUUAAAUACUACAAACAUUUCACUUCAAGCCCCAGUAGCUCCAUACGCUUCUGUUAGGAAAGGGUCGGAUGCAUCUUUGCACGCCCCUCCCAAGCUUUCUUCCGGCGUACCAGAGUGCGCAAACGCCUCUAACUCAACGCAGCCCUUCAUGUUGCUCUUCCCUGUGCGUAUGGACUCACCUAAACUUCGCCAGACAUUUUCAUGGCCUUCCGCUGAGACCCCAGCACCACUAUACAACCAGUCACUUGAUGUGUCUUCGUAUCCCAUGCCUAGGGGACUAACGGGCUCCAGUGGUGACAAUUUUCCAUCAACACAAGCAUUGUAUCAAAUGGCUAUGAUAGGCACAGCUAAUGAUGCUUCUGCAGGAGCGUCGACCGGGGAAGCUAAACUUCCAUCAGCACCAUCCGGACCAAGAGAUAUAGCACAAAGUAGCCACCCUUUAUAUUCUCGUAAUCUCAAUCAACUGCAAGGCCACGGUUUCAGCUCCGCCUCAACUCGAACACGGAUUGAAAUCAAACAUUAUUUGAUCUUACGACUUUCAAUCGAUUUGCUAGAGUUCGAGGGAGAGUUGGAUCCAGAUGAUGAGCUUGAUUUAAGGGCGAUAGAAGAACAACAGCUGCAGCAGGUCAAGAAGAAACAAGUGCUCUCAGCCUACCAAGGCGCAUCAGUAGUGCCAGGCUUUAAUUCCAACUCCGCCACAAGUACCGAUAGCUACCAUGACAGGUCGAUGACUGGGUUCCCAAAUACGAAUUCAAAAUCGACUUCAACUGCUGCGCCCAAAAGCGAGGAUUACGAUGAUCUUGACGACCAUAGCCGUGGCCCUCGUUUACACCGCAGUAAUAGUGGGGGAGAUGAAUCGUUGUAUAGCCAAUCUAAUUCUUUGCUUGGGGUAGUAUAUGACUUUGAGGGACGGUGUGCUUCAAAGGAUUCUCACGAGACUCUUAAGAGCAGCUCCUUUAGCAGCGGCGGACUCAGCCUUCUUUCAGAAGGGCCGGCCGUCGGGGCACUUGGCGCAAUCGGAGAAAAGACGUCGUCUCCUGGCUUGGAGACGAUAGUGAACCCACUAGCUGGUGGCGGAGGACAAUCAACUUUACAGCACCAAGUUGAUGCAGGUCCUUUAAGCCAUUUUGUGGAGCCGUCUUCGCGUUCUAGUACCCUUAUUCGCCAUCGAUCACCAGCUGUUACGGUGCAAAAGCUGAAAGACUUUGUUAUUAGGGUACCCAUAAAUGUAGUGACACAGGUGGAUGAUCCUUGCUGCAUUGGUACUUCAGAUGGAGCGAAUGCUGCAGAAAUAGGGAUUAACACUGCUAUCACAGAGACCACCAGCGGAAGCCAUUACUCAGAUGAAGCUACGCUGAGCAGAGCGAUGACUGAAUUUGACAGCGAGCACAGAUCGAUAACAACAGCAUAUAGCAGUGAAAUCGCUAGCACUGAUAGUAGUUCUUAUCAAGGCUUUUCUAUGGAUAUGGGACAUGAAAAAGUACAACGGCAUCAUUUCAGAGCUGGUCCGCAUGAGGAAGAAAGCCCAGAAUACGUGGAGGGCCAGUUUUUGGUAGACCAAGAAUAA